AUGAGCAAUGAUGCCAAGACUGUUGAGAAGGAAAAGAUCCUUUCUCAGUUGAAGGGAAAGUUGUGGUAUUGUAUUGAGAGACAGAUUAAUGAAGAAACCCCGUUUGAUACCACCUGCACACCGGCCUUUACAAAUGCGCUAGUUGAACUGUGUUAUAUGCAAUUAAUUGAGAUGGGGAAGGACCUAGAAGCCUUUGCGCGGCAUGCUGGUAGAGAUACGAUAACUGCAGAGGACAUGAUGUUGUUGCUACGCAAGACUCCCGGAUUGCAGGAAACAUUACGGUCGACGUGA